UUAGUCUCCAACAGUAAUUUCCAUAUGCUUUUUUAUUAUUUUUAGAUUGCGGAGUUCGAACCUCUCGCCGACAACCUCGCAGCAGCAACUUUGCAAACCACAACGAUUGGAGCAGUUUGUACAACAGAACUUCGGAAAGCUCUUCAGAACAGCAACCACCAGAUAUGGAAAGCGAUCCGGAUGAGGCCAACCGAAAUCCAAAGAUUAUGCACGGAAUUCCGACUCUGGAAGGCCAGUACCCUUGGCAGGUUUCACUAGAAUUGAUGCAUCCCUCCUAUGGUUUUAUAGGACACUGGUGUGGUGGAGUGCUCAUCGAUCGAAACUGGGUGCUGUCGGCGGCUCACUGUAUUCAUAACGAUUUGUUCAACUUACCUCUGCCUCCGCUAUGGACAGUAGUGCUAGGCGAAUACGACAGGUCACAUGAAUCCGGAUAUGAGCAGCGGAUUCCAGUCGACAAGAUCAUCCUGCAUGACAAGUAUCACAAUUUCAAGCACGAUCUUGUGCUCUUGAAGUUGAACAGACCGGCCAACAUUGCCCCUAACACAAGGGUGAAAAAAAUUUGCCUCCCAUUUGCCGAUAUCAAAGUCAACACAUUGGUCAACGAUCCGCGGCCGGAGCUAGAUAGAUCGAAAUCAAAACCUGGUACAGGCCAGCUAUUUUACUACGACUAUCUUGGCCGCCCACCGGAUAUCGGUAACACUGGAGGAAGUUCACCAACGAGCGGAGAUGGGAGCAAAGAGGACAAUUUCGACACCGAGCCAAACUUUCCAGAACCGCUUCCGGAGCGGGAGGACAACUACCUGCGGCGGUUACGGCUCCUGGGGGAGCUGCCUCGUCGACCUCGAACAGCACAGGUAGUGGUGAGCACUCUGAUACGAGAACACCUGAUGAACAGGGGGAAUUCCACCAAGCCCAAAAGAGGCCCGAAAACGAACCGAAGGGGACGUCGCCUGUACCAGACGGCCGAUUUCGAUGAUGACAACAGCGAAACCGAUGGAUCCGAUAAUGGUGAUGACGACGAUGACGAUGGGAUUCGUCGUGGGACUCGACACGGCGCCAAACGACGGCGUAACGAUAAAUUUACCCAUGGGGCCUUCUAUCGGAAUGAUAACUACCGGAACGAGUUCGGCACGGACCAGCAAAGCUCCGGAAUGGGAUUCAGUGCCAUGCCCGAUACAUCCCAGUACGUAGACUGCCUCGCAACAGGUUGGGGCAAGUCGACAAUCGAUGAUGAAUUAACUGACAUCCUGCUGCAGACGAAGGCCCCCAUCCAGAGUAGUAAAAAGUGUGAAGAGGCAUACGGAGAUUUCAUCAAACUGCAUCGAGGCCAUCUUUGUGCAGGAAACGUAGACGGGACUGGUGGCACCUGUGUGGGUGACUCUGGCGGUCCACUGCAGUGUCGAAUUACCAAACACGGCCCAUGGAUUCUGGUUGGCAUCACAUCGUUUGGAUCCGGAUGCGCUUUCAAGAACUAUCCAGACGUGUACACAAAAAUCUCUUUCUACCGCCAGUGGAUAAUGAACACCAUAUCAAGCAACUAACAAGCAGGAUCAAAGUCCUCAAUGCUACGUCAUACGUUACAGCAGCUGUUACCAACUAGAGUCAGAUAAAAGGUCUCUAUACAAUUAAAUAAUGUGAUAUUAA